UCACUUUCUGUGUUCUUUAGGUUUCUUGUAGCACAACAACGAUCAAAACUCAGAGAUUAGUUUUAUACGAAAUUUCAAUAUACUUCAAAAUACUUGCGUCUGUGGAAAAAUUAUGUGAAGUUGCAGCCAUCAGAUGGAAAUUAUGAGAUAUAGGAUUAGUAUUGUUAUAUGUCUGGUGUAUAUACUCAGAUUAACACCAGCGAUUAUUAUUCUGAAUGCCCCUAUAGUAACUAAUGUAGAAGAAGGGUUAGAGAUCGGGAGUAAAUUAGGCGAGAUCAAAUGUUUGAAUGACACCAUUGAUCCUGACUUUAGAUAUAAAGUGACCCUUAUUUCUGUUACUCCAACGACUAACUGUGGUGGCAAUGGUGAAUGUUUCAGUAUAAGAUCUGAUAACGAUGACAGCGAUCAACCAAUAUACAAUAUUUUUCACUACCCAUUCGCCAACAACAGAAUACAGUACUCUGUAGUGAAUGAAUAUAAAUUAACAUUUGAUUGCGAAGAUCAGAAUUCAACAACAAGGCGGGGAAUAGCAGAUGUUCGGGUGGUUCCUAAUAUGGCGCCUCAAUUUGUGACCAAGUCAGGAGAGUCGGUUACAAAGGCUGCUGCCGACUUGACUGUAGGAGCUCUAGUUUUCACAGUAUCAGCAAGGGACGCCGAGAACAAUGAACUCACAUACUCUCAGCAAAAUAGUUUUCAAGAGUUUGUUCUUGAUUCACAAACGGGUCAGAUUCGAGUCGUAGAAGGAUUUGAAGCUGCAUGUACGGGAACGAAGAAGUUUAAUUUUCAAGUUACAGUCAAAGACGCUUAUCACGAGUUCCUAACACCGAUAACUGUAGAUUUAAAUAUAGACUAUCCAAGGCAACCAACUUUAAUUGGUGCCAAUCAAGAGGUGUCAGUUUCUGAGAAAGCUCCCGUGGGACAAUACUUUCAUUCUUUUAACGUAGAAGAUGGCACAUUAUCUAUAGACAACGGAAACCCCAUAACACCUGCCAGUAUAGCUGACAAAUUUACAUUACAAAGUGAUGUAUUACGAAUAAAGGAACAGUUUAAUUUUGAAGAAGCUUCGACUGGUAAUAUAUCUUUUGCAGUAACGAAUGGUGUUUGUAGGAAAUUGUUCUAUCUGAUUAUCAAAGUUAUUGAUGAAAAUGAUAAACCAAUUCUCCUUCCGAAGACUCAAACAGGAAUGGUCGAAGAAGGAUUUAUAACCUAUGACCCACAAACAUUUAUCGACGAUGAAGACAUUUUGGAUACUCAUACUUACAAAAUUGUAACGGCUUUAAUUGGAAAUACUGUCGUCACGGACAGAUUCUCCAUCGACAGCCUCGGAGUUAUCACCUCUGAUGCUGAUUUUGAUCUGGAUGCAAAUCAACUGAAUUCCCAAGCCGUGGACUUCGUUAUAGAGGUAACGGACAGUGGAGGUCUAAGCGACACCGCUGAACUGACCCUGACCAUCACCAAUGCCAACGACAAUGCUCCAAUCAUCAGUAAUACUGAUAUUGCUAAUAAUAUUAUGGACUGCGAUCCACCCAUGUUGAUUGAAACUAUAAAAGCUUCAGAUGCUGAUACAGGAACGAAUGGACAAAUUAUUUACACAGCUACAGAGAGUGGUCCACUGGCCGUGACGGCCUCCGGUAACGUUUACCUAAGAAGUGCUAUUGCGGCAGGAUCAAGUCACACGAUAGUCGUAUUCGCUGAAGAUUUGGGAAGCCCCCCAAGGGAAAGUAACAGACCGGCUACCAUAACUAUUAGUGGGAUCCCUUGCACAACCACCACGACUACAACGGUUGCUACGACAAGAGCGGUCAAUAUUACAAUUAACAUUACUACAAGCGUGAACAGUACAGGUACAGGGAGUGAUGCUGGGGCGGGGGCGGGCGCUACUGCAACAGCGGCUGCAUCUACGGGUUUCUUCGAUAAUCCCGCUAAUCUAGCCUGGGUAAUUCUUCUGGCUAUUCUUGGACUUUUACUGCUCCUUCUGCUGUUGUAUCUGUUAUGGAGGUUCUGCUUUCCUCGCUGCUGUCCAGGGUUCUGUGGAUCUGGUGGUGAAGGAGAUGGCUGUUGUGAUUGUUGCAGACCAAAACGUUUCACAGCUCAACCUGUCAGGGGCCAAGGAGAUAUUCAUGAUUUUUGGCAAGAACAUUAUCAAGAACAAGAUUAUGGAUCAACAGUUCAUCGAAGUGCUAAACCAACUCCAGCACCUCAUGAGCUGGGCUACCUUAGACAUGAUUAACGUUUAGUCUACAAUAAAAUGCUAUUUAAAUGUAUAAUAAUAUAAAGACUCUUAACAGUUUGAACAAAAGUUGAAACAAAUUGGUGUAAAUACUAUUAAAAGUUUUAUCAGAUUUGUGAAGAAUCACUGUAAAUAUGAGAAUUCAAUAGUUUGUGUAAAUACAUCCUCAAGAAGCAAA